UAGAAAAUGAAUUAAGAAGUUAUCCAGAAAUAAGAAGGCCCCACGUGUCAUCUUCUUCUCCCCAACUCCAAGGCUUAAACCCUCUCCAAAACUCCAUUUUCACCCACUGACCUUCUCCUCUCUCUCUCUCUCUCAUGUGAAGAAAGGAAUAUAAUGACGAAAUUGGCCUUAUCCUACCACCAUGCUUUCUUCCCUCUCCUCACCCCUACCUCCACCACCCACCCCCACCCCCCCCUCCCCUCCAAAUUCCGCCACCGCCACCACCUCCCAGUUCUCCGCCGGAGGCUGUCUGUGGUCUCCAAGGCGAAAACUAAAGAACUUAUCCUCGGCAACCCCAGCGUCACCGUCGAGAAAGGUAAGUAUAGCUACGACGUCGAAACCCUAAUCAACAAGCUCUCCAGCCUACCCCCACGUGGCAGCAUUGCCCGCUGCCUCGACGCCUUCAAGAACAAGCUCUCCCUCUCCGAUUUCUCCCAUGUGUUCAAGGAAUUCGCGCACCGCGGCGAUUGGCAGCGCUCUCUCCGCCUCUUCAAGUAUAUGCAGCGCCAGAUAUGGUGCAAGCCCAACGAGCAUAUUUAUUCCCUCAUUAUCGGGAUUCUGGGACGUGAAGGACUUUUGGAUAAGUCUGCGGAGAUUUUUGAUGAAAUGGUGGCUCAUUCUGUCCCCAGGACCGUGCUUUCUUACACUGCAAUUAUUAAUGCCUAUGGUCGAAAUGGCCAGUAUGAGGCUGCGAUAGAAUUGCUCGAUAGAAUGAAGAUGGAGAGGAUUUUGCCAAAUAUUUUGACCUAUAAUACCGUUAUUAAUGCUUGUGCACGAGGGGGGUACUCGUGGGAGGGGUUGUUGAGUUUGUUUGGGGAAAUGCGCCAUGAGGGGAUUCAGCCUGAUUUGGUUACUUAUAAUACGUUGCUGAGUGCAUGUUCGAACAGGGGGUUGGGGGACGAGGCGGAGAUGGUUUUCAGGACGAUGAAUGAGAGCGGAGUUUUGCCGGAUAUUACUACUUAUAGUUAUUUGGUGGAGACAUUUGGGAAAUUAGGGAAGUUGGAGAAGGUCUCUGAGUUACUUGCAGAGAUGGAGGCUGGAGGGAAUUUGCCGGAGAUUAUGAGUUACAAUGUUUUGUUGGAGGCUUAUGCCCAUUCAGGGAAGAUAAAGGAGGCUAUGGGGGUUUUCAGGCAAAUGCAGGCUGCGGGGUGCAUUCCUAAUGCAGGGACGUAUAGUAUUUUGUUAAAUUUGUUUGGGAAGAAUGGGAGGUACGAUGAGGUGAGGGAGCUUUUUCUUGAGAUGAAGGUAAGUAACACAGAGCCAGAUGCUGAGACAUAUAAUAUACUUAUUGAAGUGUUUGGCGAAGGAGGCUAUUUUAAGGAGGUGGUGACAUUGUUUCAUGAUAUGGUGGAAGAGAAUGUAGAGCCAAAUAUGGAGACUUAUGAAGGGUUGAUUUAUGCUUGUGGGAAGGGGGGGCUUCAUGAAGAUGCAAGGAGGAUUUUGUUUCAUAUGAAUGAGAAAGGAUUGGUACCAAGUUCGAAAGCAUAUACAGGGGUGAUUGAAGCAUACGGUCAGGCAGCUUUGUACGAGGAGGCUCUUGUUGCUUUUAAUACAAUGACCGAGGUUGGAAGCAUGCCAACUAUUGAGACCUUUAAUUCUUUGAUUCAUACCUUUGCAAAGGGGGGACUUUACAAGGAAAAUGAAGCUAUUUUGUCAAGAAUGGGUGAGUUAGGUGUUCCACGAAAUAGAGAUUCAUUGAAUGGUGUAAUUGAAGGAUAUAGACAGGGAGGCCAAUUUGAAGAGGCUAUAAAGGCCUAUGUUGACAUGGAAAAGGUGCGAUGUGAUCCUGAUGAAUACACUCUUGAGGCAGUCUUGAGCGUGUAUUGCUUUGCAGGCCUUGUUGAUGAGAGUGAAGAGCAGUUUCGGGAAAUUAAGGAGUUGGGUAUACAACCAAGUGUUAUGUGCUACUGUAUGAUGCUGGCAGUAUAUGGAAAAACUGACAGAUGGGACAAGGCCAAUGAAUUGCUAAAUGAGAUGCAUACAAACAGGGUAUCCAAUAUUCACCAGGUCAUUGGACAGAUGAUCAAAGGGGAUUUUGAUGAUGCCAGUAAUUGGCAAAUGGUAGAAUAUGUUUUUGACAAACUGAGUUCCGAGGGUUGUGGUUUUGGAAUCAGGUUCUAUAACACAAUUCUAGAAGCGCUUUGGUGUUUGGGCCAGAAGGAAAGAGCUGCAAGGGUGCUUGAUGAAGCAACUAAGAGGGGACUAUAUCCAGAGCUAUAUCGUAGAAACAAACUCAUAUGGUCUGUGGAUGUACACAGAAUGUGGCCUGGUGGUGCAUGCACUGCAAUAUCAGUCUGGCUGAACAAUAUGCAAGAGCUGUUAAUAAAUGGGGAGGAACUUCCUCAUCUGGCAACAGUUGUUGUGGUAAGAGGGCAGAUGGAAAGGAGCUCAAUAACAAGAGAUUUCCCCAUUGCAAAAGCUGCCUAUUCUUUGCUAAAAGAUGUAUCAUCAUCCUUCUGUUUCCCUGGGUGGAAUAAGGGACGAAUAACCUGUCAAAAGUCUCAGCUUAAGCGUGUUUUUUCUAAGACUGAAGACUCAGAAAUUGACAACAUAGUUAGUUUAUCUAAUUCUCCUUUUCCUCUUGUGGGAACAAGGACGUCCUCGAGCAACCUAAAUCAACAUAGCAGUUCUGAUGCGAACGAGAUAAGCUUUAGGACGAAUCCAAAACUUAUGACGAGCGGAGUAUGAAUGUUAAUUAGAAUGUAAGCUCUGCUGUUGGGUUGAUUCUUCCCCUGGAUCUUUUCAUCGUCCCUUUGAUCCAAUAAAUUGGGCUAGAGUGGCUGUUCAUCCAACGAUACCCAUUUGUGGAGGUUGAGCUCAAUAAUGGGUGCAGUGCUGCCCAACACAUCUAAGGCAGAAUUUAUGGUGCUGAAGCUUUUCAAUCUUAAGGCUGAUUUCCUAUAAUCUGGGUCCACUUGUGUUGUCUAGCUUAGUGGCAGGAAACCUUAAAUACAUGGAAAUCUUGUGGUCCAUCAGCGCCACAUGGAAACGCACAUGUCACUGUAUAUUUGAACCAAUGUUUCGUCAACUAGACCGACAUAAUGAAAUGAAAGAUAAGGAAUGGAUACGGUGGUUGUUUCUUUC